AUGGCCGACCAACAAGAUCAGGAAGCCAAAAUGGACUCUCAAGCGGCUUCAACUUCAGAGAAAAGCCAAUACGUGCUAACGCCGGAAAUCGAGAUCACGUUGAAGCCAAAAGUUGCGCGAUGGUUUCCGAGAGACCAGGCCAAGGAUUUGAAGCCCCACGAAGAAGCGCUGAGCGAAUCACUUGACGAACUUCUGCUCUACCUCGGAAUCCAGGACGACCUUCACUUUUUUGCCAGCGCCAACAAGAACUGCUUUCCGGUGAUCCCGAUUGAGCGGUUUCAGCCGGAAGUGCAUAAACACGAAGCAGAGGAGCUGAUCCCGGGAAUGGUAUACAGAGGAAAUUCGGCAAUCUACCUGCGUGGAAAUUCGGCGAAAAAUCACUCUCAAGUCGUCCGGAGGGUUGGAGUGCUCAGCGAGACGAAUCAGUACUUUCCGACAAAGACCCUGACCAUCAAGGCCAAGCCGUUGACAGUGGUAGAAGUGGAACUUGUCUGGUGUGGCCCGCAAGGCUCGAUGAAGGUGGAGAUGAACCUGGUGUGGAAGUACAGCAGCACAGACCCAAACCGCUUUUUCGAUCAGAAUAUCUUUGACGUCUUCAACCUCGUCAAAAAUCCGGAUACAAAACCUGAUCGCUUCCAGCCCUUCAAGGCCUACAUCUACCUGCUCGCCAAGCCGGACAAUUUGAAAUCGGCUAUGUGGAUUAUUGGGCAUGUCGUUGGAAUGGAGACGGGAAAGAAGAAGCGCCAGGCCGCCCAAUCUCAGCAGAUUCCGGCAGGAACGUUUUCAGAAACUCCGACUCCAUCGACACCGCCCGCCGAUCCAAACCCAACCGGAGACCCAGCCGUGAUUAUGGAACUCCCGGACCAACAUGGCGUCGUCGAGCUCUGGGAUUGUGUUUAUGGAAAGCCGAUCGCUAUCCCGUGGCAAUCAAAUUACCCACAUCCGGAACGCGGAAUGUGGGUUUAUCUUCAGUGGGAAGGCAACAGGGUCUCAAGCUGCACAGCGCCAAGCAAAGAAGUCGCCGAAAGGGAUGGGCUCAUUAAUUUUGGAGAGGAGAAAGGGAAAUUGAUGGCACUGAACAGUCGUCUAAUUCGGCCACCCGGAUAUGCUGAUAAUGAGUUAUGCUGCCUUGCAUUAAAUGCUUGCGUCAUCGACGAAGAUCGAAGCUUUGCAAAUCUUUUUCCGCAUGGAUUCUCAGCUAUCUUGCCAAUUGUAUACGACCCGAAAAGACAGCAGUGGUUCAUCUCAACCUACACCCUAUCCGCGGAACUCCAAAUGGCCAAGGCCCAGUGCCGCUCAGACGACUGGGAAGAGCAUCAGCUGCCAAGAUAUCCUAAGCCUCCGAGUGCUUUCCGGCCACCAUCACCAGCUCCUCCGAUCCCAGAGCCACGCCGUCGACAACUAUCCGCACAAGCAGUACCAGCAAUUCCGAUAGCUUUACCUUUCCAACCUCCGGCUCGUUCGCUAUCGCCCAGGGAAAUGGCUACGGUCCCGCAAAAUCUGAUUCCGGAAAGGGUUCCGGCACGAAAGGAUUCCGGAAAAGUACCCGGCAAACUGGAGCCCUGCCCAGCCAGGACCGGUACCGAACGGAUUCCGGCCUACUACUGUUCGCGACACGACGACACCUUAUGUGGCCCCACCAGCUGUUGGCUCUCCGUUGUGGCCGGUUUCCUUGGCCGCUCGCCUCCACAAAAAUCAGGCUGUCAUGAAUGUCCUCCAAGCGACCGAUCGUCAAACCGCAGA